CCAGUGCUGUCUGUCAUGAUGGUGAAGGAUCUGAAUGCAGCCACCCGAAUGAUGGCCCAAAACGCCAUGACCAAGACCCUGCUGAAGAAGAACCUGAGGGAGAUCCAGAUGGAAAAGCUGCGGAUUGGGGACCAGCUCCUGCUUGAAAUCAAUGACAUGACCAAGUCUUGGGGCCUGGAAGUGGAUCGGGUUGAGCUGAUUUUGGAGGCAGUGCUGCAACCCUCCCAAGAGAGUCUGUCCGGACAUCUGACCAUGACACCCCUGAUCCCUGGGUUUGAAGGACUAGAUAGCACCAUUCAUCAGCUGGCUGCUCACUUCUUUAGCAACAGCAUGCCUGGUGCCCCCGAUCCCAUCUUUACACCUUUGUCCCCAGCAGACAGCGUGGUGACAGUGAAUGAGGCAGAACCACCAGCUCCUACCAUCACCACCACCACCAGUAGCAGCAGCAGGAGGAAACCUAGCCCUGGGGAGUUGCUGUCAGCUGUGGAGCUGUUCCUGUCUGAGUCCUUGGUUGGUGCAGUUGGAGCUUCCUACCAGUUCAACAUCAUACUUCUGAGUGGUGCCUGGAGCACCUACUUCAUAGAUCUCACUGCAGGCAGUGGGCGGAUUGGCCUUGGGGACGCUCAGCGCAACCCUGAUGUGAUUCUGGAGAUGACGGAAAAUGACCUGCAGUCUUUCUUCUCAGGUGAACUUCAUCCUCUGAGUGCCUACAUGAGCGGGAGGUUGCGUGUCAAGGGCGACCUGAGUGUUGCCCUGAAACUGGAGGAGCUCUUCAAGGCAAUGAAACAACAUAGAGAAAGAGAAUGUGUGUGUGAGUGUGCGCACGCAUGUGUGAGAAGGCAGGAGAAGCGAAGAGUCUGGCAGGAGAACCAUCUGAUUGUGAAGGGUGUGAGGAUUCAAGCUCUUCUAUUCUCUAUUUCAUGCUCUGGGGAAUUGAUCAGUGCUCAGGGAAGCAGGAAGACAGGAUCAAAGGAUCUUUGAUAGGAUCCCCGGGGUGAAUCCUGGGACCGUGGGACCACUGUACCCCCUUAACUCUCCAGGCUGGGCUGUCUCUCACAAUGCUUUGCUAAUGACAAGUAGCAAACUCCUCUAGGUGCUGUGAUCACUCAGCACAACUGCAUGUGGAAACCCCACACGCAGAUAGAUUGCAUG